UUAUUCCAGCCGGAGAGACAAGAGAAUGAACCCGGACUUGAGCAGGGAAAGGGCCGCCGCCUCCUUCAACCCCGAGACCAUCACCUACAUCCUGGAUGGCAGCCCCGAGAGGACCCACAGGAGGAGAGAAAUUGAGGGUCUGGUUCUCAAUGACCCCGGCUUCCAGCAUGAAGACCCCAAUUUCCUGUCUCGCAGUGAGCGUUAUGAAUUGGCCAUCAAGAAGAGUGCCCUGAUGGUUCAGAAGAUGAGGGAACAUGGCAUCUCCGACCCAGAGGAAAUCUACUGGUUCAAAAGAACCUGCCUUGGCUCUCAAACUGACCCCCUGGGCUUACACUUCAGUAUGUUCAGCAACAUGUUAGCCCAUCAAUUGACGGAUUUGCAGAAGCAGAAAUGGUUGCCCCUUGCCAGUCGUCUGCAUGCCAUUGGCACCUAUGCCCAGACCGAGUUGGGGCACGGAACCCACCUCCGAGGGCUGGAGACCACAGCUACAUAUGAUCCAUCCACCCAGGAGUUCAUCCUCAACAGCCCAACUGUCUCUUCUAUCAAAUGGUGGCCUGGAGGAUUGGGAAAAACCUCAAACCACGCUGUAGUGCUGGCACAACUUUACACACAAGGAGAAUGUAAAGGGCUUCAUGCUUUUAUAGUGCCCAUCCGCCACAUGGGCACCCAUGAGCCUCUUCCAGGUGUGAUGGUUGGAGACAUAGGGCCUAAGUUUGGGUUUGAUGAAACAGAUAACGGGUUCCUUAAGUUUGACAAGGUUCGGAUUCCUCGAGAGUAUAUGAUGAUGAAGUACGCCAAGGUUGAGCCAGAUGGAACUUACGUGAAGCCACUCAGUGACAAACUGACCUAUGGCACAAUGGUGUUCAUUCGUUCAAUGAUUGUAGGAGACUCUGCACGCAGCCUUUCCCGUGCCUGUACCAUCGCUGUCCGGUAUAGUACCGUGAGGCACCAGUCAGAGAUCAGAGCUGGCGAGCCAGAGCCCCAAAUCCUAGACUUUCAAACUCAGCAAUACAAGUUAUUCCCGCUGCUGGCUACAGCAUACGCCUUCCAGUUUGUGGGAUCCUACAUGAACCACACUUAUCACAGAAUCAGCGCUGAAAUCCAAGAUGGCAAUCUGAAUGAACUGCCCGAGCUGCAUGCCCUUUCUGCGGGCUUGAAAGCCUUCACAACAUGGGUAGCCAACGCAGGUAUUGAAGAGUGCAGGAUGGCAUGUGGCGGACACGGAUACUCCCGUUGCAGUGGGAUACCUGAUAUCUAUGUGACUUUUACCCCUGCAUGCACAUAUGAGGGUGAAAACACAGUGAUGAUGCUACAAACUGCAAGGUUUUUGGUGAAAAGCUACGAAGCUGUUCUUUCUGGGAAACAACUUGAUGGAAUGGUGUCAUACCUCAAUGAUGUUUCCCAGCACCGUGUACAGCCCCACCCUGUUGCCGGCAGAUUCCUUGUCAAGGACAUCAAUGACAUUCAAAAUCUGGUGGAGGCCUACAAACAACGAGCUGCUUGGUUAGUUGUGGCUGCUGCCAAUAGUGUAAACGCCGACUCAAAACGUGGAAAGCGCAAGGAAGACGCAUGGAACAAGAACUCUGUAGAUCUGGUCCGAGCUUCAGAGGCCCACUGUCAUUAUGUGGUUGUGAGACUCUUUGCGGAAAAGUUGUCUGAGGUUCUCGAUGUGGCUGCCCAUCGUAUUCUGAGCUCUCUCUGCCUUUUCUACGCGCUACAUGGGAUCAGCAAGAACACUGGGGACUUCCUUCAGGCUGGACUUCUGACCGCUCUUCAGGUAAAUCAAGUGCAGCAAAGAGUAAAGGAUCUGCUGGCAGUAAUCCGUCCUAAUGCAGUGGCUUUGGUGGAUGCCUUUGAUUACUCAGACACACAACUGGGAUCUGUUCUGGGCAGAUAUGACGGUAACGUCUAUGAGAAUAUGUUUGAGUGGGCAAAGAAAUCACCGUUGAACAAAACACAGGUGCACGAAUCCUUCCACAAGUACUUGAAACCACUACAGUCCAAACUAUGAUCCACCCAUCAAUUCUGCUGAACCCGAAUCUGGAAACACAAAAAGCAGUUCUCUUUUUUUUUUUGAUAACCUACCCUCGAAGUAAUAAAACUGUUUUCCUAAUUUCUGUCAAAUUAUGUUUAUUAACAAGGGGCCAAAGCAAUGUGUAGGCAAUGUAAUCCUACAUUAACAGAGAUCUUAUCAACCUUUUGGCACAGCCAGUUGUUGCUCUAGGUCGGAGAUGACGACAUAGCUAGUACAGUCCUGCCGACCUGUAGAAACUAAAGGCAUACACACCCUUUAUAAGAUCAGCAUUGUUUGUAUAGUGGUUAAUAAACAAAAGUAGGAGCAAUGACCCAUCUAACCAGCAGAGGUGCCUCCCUAAUAAUGUUAAAAGGAAGUGAAGAUCCAACUUACAAUAAACCUUUAAGAAUUAUGUAGUCAAUGAUAUAAUAAGAUUAGUCUGGGUCUAGAAUUUGAGCUGUUUCCCUGUUUCUUUGCCAGGCUCACUGAAUUGAGCAACAAGAAAUGAUCAGUAAAAUAAGGACAGAAGUGCUAAAGAGAAAUAUAAGCAAUACACAGUUAUAACAACAUCUGACGCACAUCCACCUGCUUUUUGGGUUACCAGCUACACUUCCCUAGAAACCAAAUGACUAAGUUUUGCUUCGAAUUGAUGCAAAAUAGAAAAGCAUAUAAAAGACUUAGCUCCACAGUGGAUAAGAAUACAUUUGUCAAUACACUCAAUGUUAAUCUAAAGGAGCGCUUGCUCCGGACUACAUGGCCAGAAAUUAAGGGAAUAUUUGAUUUAUGCACUGGACGGUGUUCGCUGUAAUGUUUCCAUGUUGUCUUUUGAUGGAUGUCAGAGACGGUGUUAUCUUGGGGAUAAAGAGAGACAAGUUUAAAAAUGUAAUUAAUCUGUUAAUUUUUAUGUAAAGAUUAUAAUAAAGCCCUGAAAUUUC